AUGGGUUAUGUUGAUGAUACAAAAACUUUCAUCGCCUUUCCACCACGUGAUCUUAGCAGCGCUAUAUCUGAUUUGAAUGAAGAUCUAAAUGAGAUAUCGAGAUGGUGUUGUGCAAACUCGCUUCUAAUAAAUUCGGAAAAAGUAAUUGGGGUCUCGCAAUUGAUCCGUAACCUACCACCGAUACCACCCAUCAAGAUAUUAGGAAAGGUGAUCAAUCCUGUUCCCGUAGUCAAAGACUUAGGUGUUAGUAUUGACCGUUAUCUUAGCUAUAAUGAAAAUACUAAGGAAUUAGUUUCAAAUUGCAUGUUUAAACUGUCAAGAAUUAAUCGAAUCAAACAUUUGCUUGAUAAAAAAACCAUUCUCCUCCUGAUGGAAGUAUUUGUUUUCAGUAAGUUAUUUUAUUGCUCAACUAUAUGGAGCAAUACAUCUAAACAAAAUGUAAAGAAGCUGCAACUAGUGCAGAAUUUUGCUGCAAGAAUUGUUCUGGGACUCAGGAAAUAUGACCAUAUUUCUGAAGGCAUACAAUCUUUGAAAUGGCUCAAUGUAAAGGACACACUAUUCCUAAAUGAUGCCGUUAUGGUCCAUAAAUGCCUUCAUGGCAGAGUACCAGCAUAUUUAUCCGAUAAGUUUAUGCCUCGUUCUGCCAUACAUAGCAGAUCGACUAGAUAUUGUAAUGAUUUAAAUUUGCCCAAAUGUAGGCUUGCAACUGGGCAAAGAAUGUUUUCCUAUCGGGGGGCAAAACUGUAUAAUGAACUGCCUCUUGAUAUUAAGGAAAUUGAGAACACUAGAUUUUUUAAGAAAAGACUUCGAAAUGAACUCAGAAAGAACUUAUUGAGUUAA